CGGCGGCGGAAGUAACCGGUGACGUUGUGUUAGCUGCUCGCGCAAACCGGACCGGGACCGGCGGAACCGACAGCAGAGCAGAAACAUCAGGAUCACAUCUGGUGCUGUCUCUGCGCUCUUCCUGCGGCACAAUCUGGACUUUAUCUUCUCAAUAGUUUGAACCCAGGACGUGCAGUGUGUUCUGGGGCGUGGUCUGUGUUCGAGGGGUGUGGCCUGUGUCAGAGGGGGCGUGUUUUUCUAACUUGCGAACAGGUGUUUUGCCACCCUGCAGUGGCUGUGUGGGCGGAGCAGUGGGCGGAGUCAGGCUCAGACUCCAGCUAUGAGUGGGCUGACGGGGCCUCAUGGGAGGUGGGGUGGGGGGCGUGACCACGGGCGGGGCAUGGAUUCAGCAUGCUGGUUCGCCCCCAGUGCACUGAGGCGUCUGGUUGAGCUGCCGGCGCCGGUUCUGUCCCGUCACCAGCUUAAGCGUUUGGAGGAGCAUCGCUACAGCAGCUCGGGUCGCUCCCUGCUCGAACCCGUCAUGCAGAGGUAUUGGGAGUGGCUCGUUCACACGAUGCCACCCUGGAUCGCACCCAACCUCAUUACCGUUGUUGGCCUGGCAACCAACAUCUUCACCACGCUGGUGCUGGUGUAUUACUGCCCCACUGCCACUGAACAGGCUCCUCUCUGGGCGUAUCUUCUGUGUGCGGUCGGGCUGUUCAUCUAUCAGUCGUUGGACGCCAUCGAUGGAAAACAGGCCAGACGCACUAACAGCAGUUCACCACUGGGGGAGCUGUUUGACCACGGCUGCGAUUCGUUAUCCACAGUGUUUGUGGUGCUGGGCACCAGUAUAGCGGUGCAGUUGGGCACUCACCCUGACUGGAUGUUUUUCUGCUGUUUUGCGGGCAUGUUUAUGUUUUAUUGUGCCCACUGGCAGACAUACGUCUCUGGGACGCUGCGCUUUGGCAUAUUCGAUCUUACAGAACUACAGAUCUGUCUAACGUUGUUGCAGACGUUUACCGCUACAGUUGGGCCCAAGUUUUGGAACAUAACGAUUCCCGUAAUAAACAUCCAAAUGAAAAUAAUUCCGGCCCUUUGCACAUUUAUUGGGGUUGUUUUAUCAUGUACCAGUUACUUCAGGAUCAUACUUACUGGCGGCGUGGGGAAAAACGGAUCCACUAUAGCGGGCACGAGUGUGUUAUCUCCCGUCCUGCACAUCGGCUCUGUAAUCGUUCUGGCCAUGAUGAUUUAUAAAAAAUCAGCCGUCCAGCUGUUUGAGAAGCACCCCUGUCUGUAUAUUCUUGCCUUCGGCUUCGUAUCGGCCAAAAUCACCAAUAAAUUAGUGGUGGCUCAUAUGACGAAGAGCGAGAUGCAUCUUCAUGACGUGGCAUUUCUCGGGCCCGGGCUCUUAUUCCUCGAUCAGUAUUUCAACAGUUUUAUCGAUGAGUAUCUGGUGCUGUGGAUUUCUCUGGUUCUCUCCCUCUUCGAUCUGGUGCGGUACUGUGUUAGCGUCUGUAACGAGAUCGCCUCUCAUCUGCACAUCUGCGUCUUUAAAAUCAAAGCCCAGAGCACAGCGCCCGUGCAGUGACCUUUGACCUCCGCAGGGAACAGCGGGUUCGAUUCAUAUGAGUUUCGUUUUUCUGCACUUUCAACUCUUCUGAGGCUAAACGACAACAAACGAAUGAAUGAUCUUUCAUCCCCAGGUCACUUUCCUUUUAACUGAUCACUAUUUUAAGAAAGCAGUCAUUUGGAAUCUGUUGCUGUCUGUUGCUCUGGAUUACCCAUGAUGCAUUGCUCUGAAGGGGUGGUGUGUAUUAUGGCUUUAUGGUUUCGUUUGACUCCAGAUAACUUCAUCUCUAUCACGAUGUGCUGCUGUUAUAAAUGACGAUUUACUCUAGAUGAAAGUGGUUUUAUGCGUCUCGCUCGAUCUCCUCAUUUAUAUUCAUUAUAUAAUCCGGCCAUAUUUCCCCAUGAAGCUCCAAGCAGGAAGUUGCGUCUGCGUUUAACGGUCGGUACAGCAGCUUCUCUGUUUGAGUAUUUUAUGAUUGUGUUGUUGAAUCUUUAGUAUCACUUCAAGCUUCAUUUAUUGGUUUGUGGAAAGCGUGCAGCUCAAUCACAGAUAUUCUCGUCAGCUCGUCUUCCACCUUCAUGAACGUUGAUCAUUGCGUCUCACUUUGUGCCUCUCGCGUGACUCACGAAUAAUACAAACAUAAAUAGCAAAUUAUUGUAUAUUUGCUUCAAGAAAAUGAAGCUUAUUGUUCAGAUUUAUGACGUAUUAAUGAAACUGACCGUGAUGUAUACGUAAAAUAGUACUUUAAAUGUACAUGUUAACACGUUUGAUAAAGUUAACAUUAGUAAACGUGUCAAGAACAACCAAUGAACAAUAUUAUUUACAGCAAUAAUUCAUCUUGAUUAACGUUGAUUCAUUAAAAAUACAAUUUUCUGUGUAUCUCAGCGAGUACUGACGCUAUCACCGCUGGAGUCAUGAGUUUGAAUCCAGGGUGUGCUGAGUGACUCCAGUCAGGUCUCCUUAGCAACCAAAUUGGGCCGGUUGCUAGGGAGGGUAGAGUCACAUGGGGUAACCUCCUCAUGGUCACUAUAAUGUGGUUCUCGCUCUCGGUGGGGCGUGUGGUGAGUUGUGCGUGGAUGCCGCGGAGAAUAGCGUGAAGCCUCCACACGCGCUACGUCUCCACGGUAACACACUCAACAAGUCACAUGAUAAAAUGCGCGGAUUGACUGGUCUCAGACGCGGAGGCAACUGAGAUUCGUUCUCCACCACCCAGAUUGAGGCGAGUAACAGCGCCACCACGUGCACUAAUGGUGCGUUCACAUAAAAACGGGUUGAAAAUUUUCGCUUCGCAUUGCUCGCGCGAGUUUGAGCGCUGGAUUAUAAAUGUGCAUUUAAACUGCCGUUCGCGAGUAAGGUGAACCCGCGAGUAUUCCCGCUUCUCUUCCGGAAAAGGACAGGAGGCGGGGCUUCUACGACUUGGUUCAUAGUAAAGUUCAACCAAUAGCUGGAAUCGAGUAGUCGCGCAUAUUUACAGAACUUACGAGGUCGUCCAACUUCCUCUUCCGGUCUCUGCACAUGUGUGACGUUGUGUCGUACAAUUCCGUGUGUCCACACACCGCUACAACAAUCAUCCAUUUCUCCAGAUUUAUUCUGCUAAUACGUCAGUGACAUCCAGACAAGCUCAAUGCUGAUUGGCUUUCGUGACAACGCGUCACGUGGAUUUCUGGCUCGAGCUGAAAAAUGGCAACUUGCGCGAAUGAAGUGAUUUUUCAUGUUGGAGUCGCGCCAUUAAUUUGCGUCUAUUCGCAUCUUUGUAUGCAAUCGCUUCUCGUGGUAUGUGAACGCACCAUUAGAGCGCAUUGAGAAUUGCAGAGAACAUGUUUCAUUGUUAGUUCGUGAUAGCGUAGCAAAUAUUAACAUAUACUACAUUUAAUUUUAAAACAUAUUGGUUUGUUGAAAUGAACAUUAAUAAAGAUUAAUAAGUGCUGUAAAAGUGUUGCUCAUGUUAACCUCGCCAUUAACUAACGUUAACGAAUAUCAUUGUAAUGCGUUAACGUUUAUAUUAUUAUUGUUAAUAUUACGGUUUAUUUGUUUUACUGAAAAACGAAUGUCACAAUGCAAACAUUUAAAUGACUAAUAAUAUGCCUCAUUUUCUUUAUGUAAAACAUAAAUGCAUAUUUAAUUAGAUUUUGGGGUGAAAUAUGACACUUGGUGUUCGCAUCACUCUGAGUAGUUCAACAGAAGUUGCGAUUGGGAAUGCAAGAGAUGUUCUUCAGUGUUACGGUCAGCUCAAAGACAUUUUAAAGUGUUUGGACACGAGCAACUUCUACAAUCACAUCUUAAUGAUCCGGUCAUGUGACGUCAUGUGACUGCACACACAGCUCAUGAAUAUUCAAUCAUUAGUUCUGAAGGAAUGAGAGUAGAUGACUUUAAUAAGGCAUCUGUUAGACUGAUCUAUUGCUAACAGUAUAUCAAGAGUGGCCUUAAAUACGGCGUGUGCAUGUUUAUAUGUAAAUGUGUGUCUCAGACCAUUCAAGCGACGUGAAACAGAAAAAGCUGUUAGACGCUGCCAACCAAACCAAUGCUCAAUACACUUGAGACGUUGAGUUCGGGUUAGCAGAAUGUUUUACCGUGAGAUGAAUUAAUGUUAUUUACGAUAAUUAAACUGGAGUUUAGACUCUCUAUACUGUAGUUCUGCGUUUAUUUCACAAUCCAUCCUUCAUUUGAAUGAGCAUUUUAUUGCUUUAGAUUCGAUACAGAUUUCAUCAUCUUUGCUGAAUCCAGUAUGUUCACGUUAUCUCUUGCCGUUUGACAUUUGGUCUAUUAACCCUUGUGCGACCUUUGGGACAUUUUUAGUUUUUUGGAUCAUUUUGUUUGUUAAUGCCAACGGCAUAAAUUCAGCUAAAGGCGUGUGUUUUGGGGGUAAUUUGGAUAUUUCAAACUCAGUUCCUAUAACACAUCUAUAACACAUCUAUAACACACUGUACAGGAAAUAGUUUCACUUGGGACCUUCAGGACAAAAAUGUCCCUGUGAGAUUAAAGCAUAAAAUCAUGAAUUAUAUAAUAUUAUACUUUCAUUCUGGAGCCCUGACUACAACAUUUACAUUUGUAAUAUUUCCCAGCAGAUGGCGCCAUUUCUCUCAUGUUUAUCCUGUGGAGCAAAUACAAACUUUUCCCCUAUUCUCUGUUUACUGUAUUAUAGUGUGUGUGUGAGAGAGUGUGUGUAUAAAAACAUCAGUGGCAUUAUGUAAACAAACUGGCAUUUAAAGGAUUAAAAUCCUGAAAAUGAAUAUUUGGUUAAAAAAAUAACUAAUUGAAAGUGGAAAAUAAUAUAAAUAUAUAAUAUUAUGGCAGUUUUGAGUAACUUUUACAUGGACGCACAAGGGUUAAACAAAAGCUUUGAUUCUUUUUUUGUUAGUUUUCGCUUGUUGCCAAAUCCUCUCUGGAAUUUUUACACUUAAAAAAAAAAAAAGACAACAGAUUUAAGCACUUAUUAAAUCUCACAAACGUCCAGUGUGUAUGUGUAUUUUUUAUCAUUGAUCGGGUUGAUCAUAGUUAUUGUUUCUCAUGUUUUCAGUGAUGUAAACUCUCUUUAUGACUCUGUUUGAUUGUAACAUUGCUCUGAUAUUUGAAUAAAAGCACUUGUAAAAAUAAAGAUUGUAUAUU